AUUUUUUACUCAGAAUUCCUUAGAAAUCGUCGCUAUGAAUACUGAACGUAUUUGAGCAUCACCUCCUCAGGUAAUCCACACUAGCCUGAUAUCGAAAGAAGAGAAGCCUUUUAGGCCAGUCAGAAGAAAUCCGACUCCUUACAAAGAUGUUCUGAAGAGACCUCUUCUAGAUUAUCAAGAAAUACUUGACUCAAAAAUGAGUCAUGAAGAGCUAACCUCAAGAUUGGAAGACUUGCUUGGCCAUAUAAAGAAAGUAGACUCUCUUCCUUGUAGUAAGCUCUAUCUGAGUCCUUCUCCAUGCCAAUCUCGCCAAGAGGUUGUCAUGGGCUCUAAUCAGAACAAUGGGGAUUAUCUUGAAGAAAAUUCUCGUUUAAAUGUUAAAACUGGGAAGUCUGACGAAGAGUAUACUUCAGAAGUAGAUCCUAAAGGAAAGAUAUCAGUUUUACAAAGUCAGCAGGACCAGUUCAAUUUUACUCCAUCUGCAAAGCAGAAUUCACCAGAAAUCCAGGAUGAAAACUCAAAAAUAUUUGAUGAACAGAAGGAAAUAAAUGACUUCAGGAGAAGCUCUGGCAUGAGAUGUCCUACUCCUGUAGAGAGGUCCAUCAGAACUCCUAGUACGAUCCAAGUACAACUCCUAGAUUCACCUUUCCAAAGUGAGCAGAAUACAGGAUCUUGCCCAGAUCCUGGUAUAGCUAAGACAGUUGAACUGAUAAUGCAAAAGAGAAAUGAACAGCUAAAUGGGAGCCCAGCUACUCAGCCUAAGUCAAGCUGUAGCUAUUUCCUGACAAUGUUCCUAACAGUCUUAUUUAUUGGGCUGCUCUGUAUGGUAAUUUGGACCAAUCCUUUGAAGCAACCACAAAUCACUAUAACACCUGAAUGUUCGUUCGAAUUUGACCAGAACGUAAUAGAAGACCUUACUGUUCAGAUAAAGAAUCUGAACUCUCAAUUAGAAGCUGCUCGUUCAGAAAAUAUUUUACUUGAGAGCAAACUAAUAACCUCAGAGAAAGACAAACAGGCACUUAUAGAAACAAUGAAUUCUCAUAUAAACCUUCUUGAGGCAGAAGUCCUCUAA